AUGCAUAUUCUUCAAGUCCUUCAAUUCGUUGGGGCUGCAGCUGCACUUUAUGUUCCAUGCAAUGACGCAGACGGGCUUGAUUCUGGUGGGGUAUCUAAGAUUCCUCUCUCCCAGGGCUGUUCGAACGCAAGUAUUGUUGAUGGUGAUUGGCUCACUGUUCAAUGUGACGUGGGUGCAAAACUUGGCACUUUUGGUAUUCACCUGAAUGAUUGUCUCGGGCCAGGGGGGGGUGCAAUGGGGUCUUGCGACUCAGACCAAUGCACCGUCAUUGUUAAGAAAGGCGACAGUGCCACAAUGGAAUGUCAUGCAGAUAACUGCGAGGGUACAGUCGAUCUUGACAAGGUUAUUACCUACAGCGGCACUUGGCUCGAGACUUUCGGUAAAUUAGGAAGUCAUGGAACUGUUAAUUCUAAAAGAGACGAUGAGGAUACAAAGGAAAAAUACUCCAAAUUCUGCGAUUCGGCAAACUUUAACAAGGACCAAUGGGAUGAAGCUGAUUUGGGAACCGAGCUCGUAGCCCACAACUAUAAGAACUUCAUGGAUGCGCUCCGAGACCGGGUGGAGGGUUUCAAAGGAUAUGAGGGCUGUAACGCAGAUGAUGGAUGUGAUGAUGUCGAGCCUGAUGACGAGGUUUGCCAUAUGGCCGAUUUGAACCCAAUGUGGCUCAUGUUCAUGCGCUCACUCAAGCACUAUUCAGCCUGGAUUAUGGCAGUACAGGAUGGACUCCUCCAGGGUGGAGACUAUGCUAGAGACAAUGCCACGAAUGUUAUCCAUCAAUUUAGUUCGCAUGUGGACGAAAGCAGCAACGAGGUUGGGAACAUCCUUGUGAUGGCUGCAGGUCUUUUGGGCGCUUUCGGCGCUGUUAUCCCUGGUGGGAGCGCGAUUGCAGGAGUUGGAUCUGGUAUGAGCACCAUCGGAGUUGGACUUGCCAAUAUCGCAUCAACUGAUGACAAUGCGAAGAGGGUCCAAAAUAUGAUUCUACGUGGAGAUGCCAUGACACAGCGAAUUGACGAUAUUACGACUACAAUGCGCGAAUACGUUAACACAUGGGGCAUUGAUCUAUAUGCCAAGCCUGUUUGGCACGACAAUGAUGCCUACAAUGCGGAUUGGUAUUCUGACCAAGACAGAAGUUUGCCUAGUCUCCUCAAAGACGGAGCAUUUGUCGAGGGGCACACCAACGAUGUCGCUGCGGAGAUUGCCAGUGCAUAUGGCACGAAAGUGAACGUCGGUGCCCUGGCGUAUGCUUGGUAUCAAGAGAAUGUCUUUAUUAUUAAGCUUUCUGACUCCGUUCAGGGCACUAAGCCCUGUGAUAUUGACUGGGAGUCUACUUUCGAGACUACUUACACAUGCAUUGAUGAUGUGGCAUACGUCUUCCAUAAGGCCAAGACGUCUAACAACAACGGGAUAACGACUUCCCCUAUUGACAAGCCUCCAAACAUCGACAACCUGGACGACUUUGAUCUGCCCAAUCAGGAAACUCUCAUCAAUGCGGCUAUCAAUUCGCAAGAUCUUGGGGGAUACCUAAAGGAUUGGACAGCGGUAGAUAUGCUCGAGGACUGGCCGGAGGUGGACACCACCAAAAUUUUCAACUUGCCAAUUUGUGAAUUGAAAGUUGGCAGUACGAUAAAAGGCCAAAAGACGACUAAUGUUGAUUGGUUGGUUUUUAACGCAAUUGGAGAUUGCACAGAUCAGAAGGACAAGUUUGGCACGGAAUUUCCUUAUUCUUUUAUAUCUGGCUACUAUGACUUUUAG